GACACAAGCAAGGACUCAAAAUCUGAAAUUCUUGAGAAAUUAGCAGAAGCAAUGUAUGCGUUCACCCCAUACCCACAGCGUGACGAUUUUGACAAUGUUGCACAAAGUCUUACUGAGAAGCAUCCGUGUCUUAAGGAACCUGGGUCUGAGAAAGGAUGGUACUGUUGGAAGUAUAGUCUAAAAUUCAAAAUGGGGAAUUACCGCAGCAAGCUCCGGGCCGCAGGAUGUGCUGAACUGCAAGUUAAUCGUCACUCUGCUUCCUCAGACUUGGGAUCUAAACGGAAACUGAAGAAAGCCAAAAAGGCUGAAACCAACUUCCUUCCAGAUGUACCACAAGAUAAAAUUCCAGCGGUGCUUGAGGAUGAGAGGAGUCAAUGGUUGUGGAAAUGAAGAAGAGAAAGGUGGACUGGAAUAAAAUGCACAUGAUGAUGGCGAGCACAUUUUCAGUGCGACGGAAGGAAAUUGUUGAAAAUGAGCCACUUGUGAAAGAGGUGAAGGCUAAAUGGCCAGGAUUGUUUUUUGAAAAACAAAUUGAAGCAGAGUUCACUCGCCUCACUUCUAAGGACCUCAUGAAGUCGUUUCUCUCAGGUUUGGACCAGUAUAUACCUAGAUUCCUUCAGAUGUUUAGAGCAAAGUUGAGCAGCAUUUCUCAAUUGGAAAGUCUUCUCCGCAAGAUUGACAGUGAUAAUUCCAUGUCGAUGAAAAGGGCCGUUGUUCUUCAGGGCCUUCCACAUUACCUCAGCGAGGAUCCGUCAGAUUUCUUUAAGUCAGCAGAGGAAACCGACAUUGAAGACCAUGUGACUGCAGGAAUGGAUGUGGGCAUUCUCAUAAUUCCUGAUGGAGAUGAUGCCUUUGACUACUACGUGGUGCUGGAGGAACAGAUUGCCCUGAGAGAUGCCAUAGACCUCCCUCAUGCUGUGGCUCUACUAGUCGGGCUGAUUUUUGCACUUAAUAUUGAUUAUCCCAAAAAACUACGCUACACAUUUGAGGUCAUUCAAAAGAUUUUCAUUGACCUUGGAGGUGAUCAGUGUUCUGUGAAGGUGCAUGGACUGAAAAAUAGACUCCUUCGCAAAACUGUGUAGUGUCCUAAUUGGUAUAUGAUGUGUGCCUUUUUGUUCAUGAUUUAGCCUGGUGAAUUUCUGGUUGUUUUAAAACAAUGAAUGUUCAAUUCAUUUUUUCUUGACGUGGUACUUUAUGCAGUGCCAAUAUAUGUAACUCAAUAUAAAAAUAUCUUGAUUUUUAGACACUUGUUUUCUGUUUAUACAGUAUUGUUAAUGUAGUACAUUACUGUAUGUUUGUACAGUAUUGUUCAUGCAGUACAUUUCUGUUUUAUGCAGUACAGCACUAUGCUUUAUUCAGUAUCGUUCAUGCAGAACAUUACUCUGUAUUUUAUGCAGUACAUCACUGUAUGUUUAAAGUAUCAGUUAAUGAACUGGUUUUAGUGGAAAAAUAAAAUCCAGAUGAUUUGUG